AUGAGAGCCCUUUCAGGAAAUUUCGAUAUUCGCACACACAUUGAUGGCCAUGGACAAAUCGCCGUCUUCCACAAUGGUCCCGGUAGCACCAUUAUGCUCCGGGCCGACAUCGAUGGUAUGCCAGUCCAGGAAAAGACGAAUUUGCCGUUCGCCAGCAAUAAGACUAUGGCCGACACCGGUGGAAUCAUCAAACCAGUCAUGCAUGCAUGUGGUCAUGAUUUCCAUAUUACUUCUCUUCUAGCGGCCGCAGAAACGUUGGUGACUGCACGAACAGCUUGGUCAGGGACUAUUGUGUUUCUGUUUCAACCAGGAGAAGAACGUGCUGCAGGAGCUCAGUACAUGGUCAAUGAUGGUCUCUACAAUAAGCAUGGAUGUCCGAUCCCCGAUGUGGUCCUCAGUCAACAUGUGUUCCCUCUCAAGGCAGGCCACACGGUAACCAGGUCAGGGCCAUUCAUGUCUGCUGCAGACAGUUUUAAGAUUACCGUUUAUGGUAGUAGUGGACAUGGAUCCCUCCCACAGAUGACUGUCGACCCUGUUGUCCUCGCAAGUCAUAUCGUUGUCCGGCUACAAACUAUAAUUUCAAGAGAAGUCCCACCCAAUGAGAUUGCUGUUCUUACCGUGGGCGCUAUCGAAGGUGGGAAUACUGAGAAUAUAAUCGCAGAUCAUGCUAUUCUCAAGGUCAAUAUUCGAUCUUCCAGUCAGAAAUGGAGGGCCAAGCUACUUACGGCUCUGGAAAGAAUCGUUAAAGCCGAAUAUUUGGCACCAAUUCUCCCCAGCAGCCGUUGA